UGCUUGUGCGUGUGUGUGUGUGUGCGUGUGUGAGUGUGAGUGUGUGUGUGUGUGUGUGUGUGUGUGUGUGUGUGUGCAUGAGUGUGGGGUGUGUGGGGCUCCAGCGCUCCGCUCACGGCCGCCGCCAGGGAAGGACAGACGGACAGCGCUUCCUCCCAUUGCUAGCAGUUCCCGGGCACCUCGACUCGGCCCGGGCACAAGUGGAGCGCGCCUUGCUGGCCGCUGGCCUCCAGAAGGUCCCACUGCGUCCCCCUUGGGCUGGAUAUGUUCAUGUUCACGUGAAGAUGGAUUUAGUGUACGGUCUCGUGUGGCUGCUGACAGUCCUCCUGGAGGGAAUCUCUGGCCAAGGAGUGUACGCUCCCCCGACAGUUCGGAUUGUGCACUCAGGAUUGGCCUGUAAUAUCGAGGAGGAGCGCUACUCAGAAAGGGUUUAUACCAUCCGGGAAGGAGAAACUCUAGAAUUGACCUGUCUGGUUACUGGACAUCCACGCCCACAGAUCAGGUGGACCAAAACAGCAGGAAGCGCCUCUGACAGAUUUCAAGACUCAAGUGUCUUCAAUGAAACUUUGAGGAUUACAAACAUUCAGAGACACCAAGGAGGCCGAUAUUACUGUAAAGCAGAGAAUGGCUUGGGGUCCCCAGCAAUAAAGUCGAUCCGAGUGGAUGUGUACUACUUGGAUGAUCCAGUAGUAACUGUUCAUCAAAGUAUAGGUGAAGCUAAAGAACAAUUUUACUAUGAGAGAACAGUGUUCCUCCGAUGUGUGGCCAAUUCCAACCCCCCUGUGCGCUAUAGCUGGAGACGUGGCCAAGAGGUGUUGCUACAAGGAUCUGACAAAGGAGUGGAGAUUUAUGAGCCCUUCUUUACCCAGGGGGAAACAAAGAUCUUAAAGCUAAAAAAUCUCCGACCUCAGGAUUAUGCUAACUACAGCUGCAUUGCUUCAGUGAGGAACGUGUGUAACAUUCCAGACAAGAUGGUGUCUUUCAGACUUUCCAAUAAAACCGCAUCUCCGUCAAUUAAGCUCUUGGUGGAUGACCCUAUAGUAGUAAAUCCUGGAGAGGCCAUAACAUUAGUGUGUGUUACAACAGGAGGAGAGCCUACACCCUCUCUCACCUGGGUCAGGUCCUUCGGAACUCUGCCUGAAAAGAUUGUUUUGAAUGGGGGGACACUGACCAUACCUGCCAUCACCUCUGAUGAUGCUGGUACUUACAGCUGCAUUGCCAAUAAUAAUGUGGGAAACCCUGCAAAAAAGUCCACCAACAUCAUCGUGAGAGCAUUAAAAAAAGGACGAUUUUGGAUCACUCCUGAUCCUUAUCACAAAGAUGACAACAUCCAGAUUGGGCGUGAGGUGAAAAUAUCUUGCCAAGUAGAAGCUGUCCCCUCUGAGGAGUUAACGUUCAGUUGGUUUAAAAACGGUCGUCCAUUAAGAAGCUCUGAGCGGAUGGUUAUUACACAGACUGACCCUGAUGUGUCCCCUGGAACAACAAAUUUGGAUAUCAUUGAUUUAAAAUUCACAGACUUUGGGACUUACACAUGCGUGGCCUCUCUGAAGGGAGGAGGAAUAUCUGAUAUCAGUAUUGAUGUUAACAUUUCCAGCAGUACAGUUCCACCCAAUCUGACUGUUCCACAGGAAAAAUCACCUUUGGUCACCAGAGAAGGAGACACAAUAGAACUUCAGUGUCAAGUAACUGGAAAACCAAAACCAAUCAUCCUUUGGUCUAGAGCAGAUAAAGAAGUUGCAAUGCCUGAUGGGACAAUGCAAAUGGAAAGUUACGAUGGCACCCUCAGGAUUGUGAACGUGUCCAGGGAAAUGUCAGGAAUGUACAGAUGCCAGACCAGCCAGUAUAAUGGAUUCAAUGUGAAGCCAAGAGAAGCCUUGGUGCAGCUCAUCGUGCAGUAUCCCCCAGCUGUGGAACCGGCAUUCUUGGAAAUCCGUCAAGGACAGGACAGAAGUGUGACCAUGAGCUGUAGGGUCCUGAGAGCCUAUCCUAUACGUGUCCUGACCUACGAGUGGCGUCUGGGCAAUAAAUUAUUACGGACCGGUCAGUUUGACUCUCAGGAGUAUACAGAGUACCCACUAAAGAGUCUUUCCAAUGAAAACUAUGGAGUUUAUAACUGCAGCAUCAUAAAUGAAGCUGGAGCGGGAAGAUGCAGCUUUCUUGUUACAGGAAAGGCCUAUGCCCCAGAGUUCUACUAUGACACCUACAACCCCGUUUGGCAGAACCGACACCGAGUGUAUUCUUACAGUCUACAGUGGACACAAAUGAACCCUGAUGCAGUAGACCGGAUUGUUGCAUACCGUUUGGGUAUUCGGCAGGCUGGACAGCAACGCUGGUGGGAACAGGAGAUUAAAAUAAAUGGGAAUAUUCAGAAGGGAGAACUAAUUACAUAUAACUUGACUGAACUUAUUAAACCAGAGGCCUAUGAAGUCCGACUGACUCCUCUCACUAAAUUUGGUGAAGGUGAUUCAACAAUUCGUGUAAUUAAAUAUACAGCACCUGUAAAUCCUCAUUUGAGAGAAUUUCAUUGUGGAUUUGAAGAUGGUAAUAUUUGUUUGUUCACCCAAGAUGAUACGGAUAACUUUGACUGGACAAAGCAAAGUACUGCUACAAGAAAUACAAAAUACACCCCUAACACGGGUCCCAAUGCAGAUCGGAGUGGCUCCAAAGAAGGUUUUUAUAUGUACAUUGAGACAUCGCGACCCAGACUAGAAGGCGAAAAGGCUCGACUUCUCAGCCCUGUAUUCAGCAUAGCUCCCAAAAAUCCAUAUGGACCUACAAAUAGUGCAUAUUGUUUCAGUUUCUUCUAUCACAUGUAUGGGCAACAUAUAGGUGUUUUAAAUGUAUAUCUACGUUUGAAAGGGCAGACAACUAUAGAGAAUCCUCUAUGGUCUUCAAGUGGAAACAAAGGACAGCGAUGGAAUGAAGCUCAUGUUAAUAUAUAUCCAAUUACUUCAUUUCAGUUAAUUUUUGAAGGCAUUCGAGGUCCUGGAAUAGAGGGUGACAUUGCCAUUGAUGACGUAUCAAUCGCUGAAGGAGAAUGUGCAAAGCAAGACCUACCAACUAAGAAUUCCGUGGAUGGUGCUGUUGGGAUCUUAGUUCAUAUAUGGCUUUUUCCAGUUAUCAUCCUCAUCUCUAUCUUAAGCCCUCGAAGGUGACCGUAUCCUGGCAGAGGCUAGCAAUGAUUCACCAGGCACUGGCAUGAAGAAAGAGUCUUUGUAAAAUGGACACUGAAAAACAAACUACCAAAGAUUCCUCCACUGACUACUGACUCAAAAAUUAAAUAAUAAAAACAACAUUUUUUAAGCACUGGGGAUAAAAAAAAAAAAAAGACAUCAUGGAAAUAUAACUUAUUCCAAACUACAUAUAGAAGAUAUUCUUGGCCUGGGUACAAAAGAGCCCUUCAGGUGCUUUUGUGGCUAAAAUGAUUACAGCUUCAUCUGGUUGAACUCUGGAAAAAGAAAAUAAAAGAAAAAGAAAGAAUGAAAGUAAAAGAAGAAGAAAAAGAGCUAUAGAAAUCCUCGUCAAAGCACAAAGUCAUGGCUGGUUUUGUUUCAAAUGAAUAGUUUGCUUGUUACCAUGGAAACCUAAUGGCCUGCCAACAAAAACCUCACUGUAAACAGGGCUUAUCGGAGUUUGCUUGCGGCCACUUGACACCCAAACUACAUCAUCUGUUCCUAUGAAGAAACCAAACCACCAUCUUUUAUAAAUUGCCAUGGAAACCAAGUGCCUUCAAUGAAACAAGCCUGAAUAAUUUUCAACUCAGAAGCUUGCACUGCUAACAAUGGUUUGUGUAAAACUAUUUUGUAAACAGACGACACAGCCUAGAUGUGCAAAUUAAAGGCAAGACACCCUAGCCGCUUCUGAAGAAGAAAGGACCCACGCUGCUGCAUAAACCCAUGCAGACAAGAUUAUUUGUUUCACCUCCUAGACAGCCAUGGCCUUUCGGCUUAAUGUCAUAGAAAGUAACUUCCAUUGAGACCAGACAUGGGAGCAACACUUUUUUCUUCCAGGUUAUUAAAUGGGUCAACCAGAGCAAAAGGUUGUUGAGAUAAUACUUAGCGCAGAAGGUGGUAAAACACAGAAGUGAUUUUUUUUUUACUCUAACCUCCAUUUCAAAUGAGAUUGGCUUUGCCUUUAGAGGGAACGAGGAAAAUGGUUGAGAUUGCCGUGCAUACAAACUCUGCCGCGGAACUGGGCCUGAAAAAAAAUCUGGCUUUAUUCUAAACACUGAGGGUAAUAUGCCUCUGCCCUUUAGUCAGACUCUGUGCAAAUUGUGAAAUAUUAUUUUAUUAUUUUAACAAGAUUAAAAAAAACACUUUUACAAAAAAACAAAAACCUGUAAAAAUGAUUUUGAGCUACCUGAGGACAAACCAUAACUUUAACCAGCCAGUUUUCCAAUGCAUUGUAAAUUUCACUUAAACCUGUUGGUUAUGACAAUUUGAAGAUCUUUUUCCUUAAAUUAUCUCAGCUUUUAACUUCAUUUAAAAAAACUUUUGUCUAAAGAAGAGUAUUAUUAUUAUCUGUUCUUUCAACACCCCAGGAUUUAAAAAAAUACUGAUUAUGCAAGUAAUUGGGAUCUAAGUAUUAAAUUGCAGCAUUUGCAAAUAUUAAUAUAAAAAGCACAACAAAAUGUAGUGGAAAUGACAAAGCUUGAUUUUUUAAAAACAACUGUAGAAAUGUUUGUGCAAAUUCAGUAAUUCAACUUAAAAUAUAAUUUUACAGCUCUGUUCAAUAAAGCCUCUUUCCAGGUAAGGUAUAAUAAGCAGUAUGUGUGUUUGUUGGGCAAUAUUCACUUAUCAUUAAAAUGAGAUUAGUUAUGCAAUUUAUUGGUUAUAUUAUCUUGGGAUAAAUCUUCAGUGCUUCAUACACAAUUAAUGUCAGCAGGAACAAAUUUUAAAGAACAUACAAUGCAUUUUCUUUUAUUUGUUAAACAUGUAAGAAAAAAAAAGUUGUACUCAGUAGGUAAAAUGCAAACCGAAAUGCAAGUUAAAAUCUAUUGUAAAAUUUCAUAGUCAGGUCAAAAGGGGGCAUAUCAGAAUAUCUAUAUAGUGAUAGAAUCAAAAUAACCCAUGUCCCUUAAAUCACACAAAGGAAGCAAAUGAUUAUCUAAUUUAUUUGAAAUAAUUAGUCAUAUUGAAUUUUUUUUCAAAAUUUUAAAGUCACCCAUCUAUUCUAUCAAACCAAAGAUUUGAAGUAGGUGAUAUCUGGGCACUUAGCAUGUGAAAAGUCUGCAUUCACCUGCAUUUCCACUAACCCGGCUCUGUGCUACCCAAGAUGAGUAAAACCCACAUUUAUUUUAUUAGGUCUUUUUGCAUUCUCUCGGCCAGGACACUGAUAGUCAUCUUCUGCUUAAAGAGAGCCUCAAUUUGUCAUCCUCUUUCAGUUAUCUUUAAGCUGAUUUGAGUGAGGCUUUUGUAAAUGAGUUUAAAGGGAGAAGACCCCUUAAAUACUGAAUAUUGUAAGGCAUACAUAUCAUUUCAAGAAAACUUACAGGUUUUUUUUUCUUCUCAGUUUUCACGAGCAAAGAAACUGCUGUGAGUCAAAGUUUUAGUUGUACCAUUAAGCAUUUAUCAAACAUUAAAAUCAUUCCUAAAUUUUCACAGAGUAAGAGAACACACUCCACAAGUUAAAGAGAACUGGCUGGUACUUUCAAAAUUAAUUUUUAUUAAACUUCUAAGAAGUUGCAGUUGGUUGUGAAGAACAAGGGGCAAUCAGAGGUGAAAGCAGAUGGACUAGAAAGGUAGUGAGGAACUGGAUUUCUCACAUGAUGAGAUUUACAUCAUUUAGACAAGCCAAACCAGCAGAGUCACUGUUCUUACAUCAGACCAAAUGCUCAGUUGCUUUAAUAAAAGCCAACUGCUAGAAAUGUGGAAAAUUUUAAAUGAUUUGGAACCUUUGUGACAUCAUCUUGUCUUUAGUAGAAGUAGUGAUUGUGGAACCCUUAAAACACCUUCCCAUUCCUGACACUGUUCUGUUUAUCAGAACUAGACCCAACGACACUUUUCCCCUUACCAUUUUGCUAAUGUGUCAGCCUAUAAUUUGAGAAGCUAGUUGGGUUCCUGGUUUUCGUUUUGUUUCAUUUGUUUUAAAUGGGGAAAGUAUUUAGCAAUCAGGGUUUUAUUUUCUUGGAGAAACAACAUGCUCUGUAAUCUUCAGUUAUUGACAAUAACUGAUCCGCAUUAGUUACAAGUGAUACCAAUGUCAUCAGUUCAGCAAUGUUUCUUUUCAGGUUAACAUUUCUACAGUUGGGCCUAUUUUCAUUGCAGUAAGCAACACUGUCAUGUAGUGAUAUGAGCAUGCACACAAGAGCUGAGAGGACCCGAGUAUGAACAUGUAACACUUUGACAAUAGUUGCCAGAAGUGACAAUGCUAAAUAUGAUCUUUCCUUGGGAGCUAAAAGUAAGGAAAAAAAAAUAUUGCCCAGUCACACUUAUCGGGUGUAUAAAUGGUCAUGGACUAUGCAGUUUUGAAAAAAAAAAUAACUUACUUACCUUUCCUUUCUCUUAAAGAAGUCUUUUUUUAAAAGAUGAUUUAUAUACAUACCUACCCAUGCUUUCCCAAUUCCUACCAUUUUUCUUGUUAUAUGUUUUUAUAGUUCCAUUAUGUAUUAUAUGCAUUCCUGGUCUGCUGUGGUCCUUGGUUCCAUGGGGCUUAUGGUAUUCAACAGAUCAUGAGUUUGGCCCAUGAUUUAUAUUCCUUUAAGAGAACUGAUGGAUGUUUGGUCACAAAGUCAGGCAGCAGACCUUGACACUAAUGGCACUUCAUUUCACAUUUACCACAGAAUUGGCUCAGCAUAGCAAUGGAUUAUAUCUGAAUUAGAACCUAACUAGUCUCUUAUACCAUGUAAUAUACAAUGAAAAUAAUUCCAUUCUUUACUUGGAGAUAUGAUAAAAUAUAAAUUACAGCUGUACUAACUUUUCACCAAACAUACAAUUUUAUUUUAAAUACUUUAUAAUAAUAAACUUAUCUGCCAACACAAUGUGUAAUUUGAAAUAAUAAUUCACUUAUUUCUAUACUUAAGACUAUAAACAUGACUGUGGUAUUACUCAGAAUCAUUUUAAUUUUGUGUUUCUCUUGGUAAUUUUAAAGUUAGUGACAGACCAAUCUGAUUUUGGAAAAACUUUUCAAAUCAUCCUCCUAAAUUUGUGUUCCUUAUUGAAAAACCUAUUUUUGUUACUGUGCCUUUCAAAUAUCAGGGCCACUGAAUAGACAUUUAAACUGGAAAAAAAUUUGACCUUCCCCAACUCUAUUCUAGUUGCUGACUACUUCCACGGCGUCAGCUGUGUCUCGACAAAGCAGAAGGGAUACUCUUCUUGCAACUGGGUAGUUGAUUUCAAUGAGGAGUUAUUGCAUUUUCUGUGAAAACAAUAAAAUCAUAGGGUUCAAUCCCAAGCUAUUUCUUUUCCUACAACAUUCCCUUUGUGGCUAGCCCAUUUAAUUCAUUUUCUUAGCAUUAUUUUUAGAAAGGAAUGUCUGUCUUUUUCUACUGUCUUAGAAGAAAAACUACUACAAAAUAAUUUGAUUUUUUUCAUAUCUCAUAGAAAAAAUUUAUUGCAUAUUCAUAGUAUAUCUACAUGUAGUUGUGUAUGUUAUUACAUGAGCAAAGAAAAAUUUAAAGCUUGACACUAUAAUGUGAAAUAUGUCAGCCAGGGAAGUCCCUAGUGGGUUAAUGUCGGUUUGGAAAUAGAAGUGAGAGAUUAAGAUAAAGCUUCCACAUAUUUCUAUAUGAAUUACUUUAUGAGCAUAUGGUCACUUGAAGAUUAAUAAGUCUAUGAGUAGUGAUUUCACUACUCUGAACCCAUACUGAGAAUCUCAAACUGGAAUCCAAAAUGUGGAAUAGGGCUGAGGUUAAACUCUGGGUAGAAACUGCAAUAGUUUUCUCAAGGAUAUAUUUACAACUGAUUGAAUUUAAUUUCAAUUGUACUAAUUUUCCAUGAGUUUAUUUGAAAUGUAUUCUUAUUUUUCAAUAAAAUGUUGGGAAAUUCUCUGGGUAGGGUAAGCUUGGCAGCUCUGCUUGUCUUCAUAUGGGAAAUUCUCUGGGUAGGGUAAGCUUGGCAGCUCUGCUUGUCUUCGUAUGGCUCGUCAUUGUUGCCCUGGGGUCCCAGGCUAUCCUUUUUGUUUCCUGAGUCUCACCAGUAUAUUUAAAUGUAUAAGUUUAAUCAAAUAUGCAUUGUGUUAAGUUUAUAUGAAACAUUGGAGACCAUAAAAUUUAGAUUUAACUUAAUUUACAUUUUGAUAUUUUCCUUCUCCCAAAUAGUUUCAGAUAGUUGUAUGUUAUUUUCCUUGAAAUUUUUUUCAAUAAAUGAAAUUAUGUUAAAUACUCUA